UUCUACUAAUACUAAAGAAUACUCUAGUUCGACCGCUACUGCUAGUUUUCUGCUAUCACCUCCUCCAUAUCUGUGUUCAUUUUAACUUAACUUUGAUUGACACACUUUCACAUUCACUUGGGUAUUUUGUUAGCUCUCCUUCCAAAGACAAAGAAAACCCACAAACUUCUCAUAUAUCACACAUGUCUAUCUAUCUAUCAUCAAAAUUAAUAUUGAAAAACACAAAAACCAUGGAUUCUUCUCCUCAGAACUGGCUCCUCGGCUUCUCUCUUUCCAACCACUCUCAUCAUCACCAGCCUUCUCACGAUCUCUCCUUCUCCGAGGCCUUCACCUCCAAUUCCCCAACUCACUCAGCAGGUACUGUCGCCGAUCACCAUCGUCAAGGUGCAAGUCCAACUUCAGCAACUGACCUCUCCAUCUUCAGUUCCGGAGUGAACGGCUCAAAGCUUGAGGACUUUCUCGGAGGUUGCACCACCUUCACCACCACCGUCACACGGACCUCACUCCCUCAGUUUUCUACUGCUGAUCAUCAUCAUCAAACAGCUCCGCUCGCUUUGUCUGAAAACCGGAUUUACGAUCCCGAGCUCAAAACCAUAGCUGCUAGCUUCCUCCGAGGUUUCUCCACAAUCGCUACCACCACCACAACCGAUACUCUACAAGCAACCAAACCGAAAAACCACCACCCUCUCACCUCUUCCGAUCCCAUCCCCAAAAAACCCACUGACACCUUCGGACAGCGCACAUCCAUUUACCGAGGCGUCACACGGCAUAGGUGGACAGGAAGAUAUGAAGCGCAUCUGUGGGAUAACAGUUGCAGAAGAGAAGGACAAAGUAGGAAGGGCAGGCAAGUUUAUUUGGGUGGUUAUGAUAAAGAAGAAAAAGCAGCAAGAGCCUACGAUCUGGCAGCUCUGAAGUACUGGGGUCCGACCACCACCACAAACUUUCCAGUUACUAACUAUGAGAAGGAAUUGUGGGAGAUGAAGAACAUGACUAGGCAGGAAUUUGUUGCUUCUCUUCGAAGGAAAAGUAGUGGAUUUUCUAGAGGAGCUUCUAUUUACAGAGGGGUCACAAGGUAUCAUCAACAUGGAAGAUGGCAGGCAAGAAUAGGAAGGGUUGCAGGCAACAAAGAUCUCUACCUUGGCACUUUCACCACUCAAGAAGAAGCAGCUGAGGCCUAUGACAUUGCGGCCAUUAAGUUCCGAGGCCUAAACGCCGUGACCAACUUUGAUAUGAGCCACUACGACGUGAAGAGCAUUGCCAACAGCAACCUUCCCAUAGGUGGAAUGUCCAGAAAAUCCAAAAACUCAUCCGAUUCUGAUAGCAAGAGCAUCGAAGGUAACCGUUCAGCUGAUGAUCGAGAUCUCUCCUUCGCAUCCUCAGUGAUCUUUGCAUCUCAACAACCUAGGUCCUCCACACUAAACUUUGCAAUCCCCCUAAAACAAGACUCAGCAUCAGAUUACUGGUCCAACAUUUUCGGCAACAACCUUUCUCUAAGCAAUGUCAAAAAUCCUAGCACUGUUUUAGAUGCACCAACAUCAUCCUUGUUCCAAUCUUGUGCCAAUGGAUCUUAUGGAAACAACUCGUCACCACUACCAUUCAACAUGGACUUCUCUUCAACUUCUCGUACUUCUGUCUCCGAAACCAACAAUGCGUACUAUGGUAACUUCAAUGUAGAUGGCCAGCAACACCAACAACAAUUGCAACACCAACAACAAGAACAAAGUACCAGUACUGGUACUGGUACUGAUUUAAUCCCAUUUGCUACAACCAUUGCCUUAAAUAGUAACAAUGGUUAUGAAACUUCUUCUGGUUAUGGAACUUGGACUGGGCCAAGUCUUCACACAUUUCACACUCAUGCAAAGACUAACCUCUUUCAGACACCAAUUUUUGGUAUGGAAUAAUUUGGCUGAUAUAUAUCUCAGACAAGAGAAUGCGAGGGAGAAAGACUUCUAUACUUCUAUACACGAGUACGCGACCAUUUUUUUCGGUCACCAUGAAAUUGAACUGAAGGACAAAUGAAAGAGGACAAAUUUUGGGGUUUGCAUGCACAUGGGAGUCAACAACUUUAAUUGAAUAGAGAUUACGUGGACAGACAGUCAUAGAUCAUAAUGCACACAGGCUGACACUGUGCACCAACUGAACUUCUUUUGACAAGAUGGUGCUUUCCUUUUCUUGUUUACCCUUUAUUUCUUUUUGGUUCUUUUAGCUUUUUCUUUUUCUUUCUAGUGACGUGAUUUUAUAUGGGUAUAAUGAAAAAGAAAUCCUUUUGUAAUCUGUUGAUAUUGUCCUCAUUAGUAUAUAUCAAUUAUCCAUGUG